AGUCACAGGAUGCCACGGAUGUUUUGUUUACUUAUCUCCUCUUCCUUGUAGCCAGCGGCUAACCUACAUUCUUGCUGACAGCAGAGAUUCUGGCUAAGUAAGGUGUGUGUCAGCUGACAGCUGUGUGAUGCUAGCAUGCUAACGUCGGUGUUAGCAAACAGAAGCUCUGAUAAUUUCACCGAAGUCGUCGCGUUUGACUCUGUAAUAGUUUUACCAACUGGCAGUUCUUUUUGUCGGACACGAACAUUAACUAUGUGUCCAACUCGAGGAGGUUCACCAGUUAAACUAACUACCUAAGAAGCUGGUUGACUAUUAGCUGGUUUAGCAUUAGCGGGCUAGCAGGUAUAUUUAGGAAGCAGAUCUUCCUAGCAACCGUAGCUAGCUGUGAUGGUUGGUUGGUUAGCUAACCAGCGGGCGUCUUCGUGGAAAGUUAUGCGAAUAUCGUAGUGGACAAGUGAAGAUAAAUGUUGACUAAAUGGCAAAGACCGAGCAGGGUAAUGGACUGGACUUGCGGAGCAGCACAGAGAAGCUGACAGAUAAUGGGAAAGGCGGCUCGUAUGGAUCCGAUCCCGAGGUGAACGGCAGCGGCAUCCCCGGAGAGAGCCAGGUGGACAAGUACGGAUUCACCGGAGGAGCCCAGCAGAACUCCCCUGCUGAAGAGGUCCCUAUUGAGGUGUUAAGGCAACGGGAGGCAAAAUGGCUGGAGAUGCUCAACAGCUGGGACAAAUGGAUGGCCAAAAAACACAAGAAGGUCAAAGAGCGCUGUCAGAAAGGAAUCCCUCCAUCGCUGCGUGGUCGGACCUGGCUGUACCUCACUGGGGGCAAAGUAAAAAGAGAGCAGAACCAGGGCAAAUUCCAGGAACUGGACGAUGAGCCAGGAGAUCCUAAAUGGGUCGAUAUCAUUGAGAGGGACCUUCAUCGACAGUUUCCCUUCCACGAAAUGUUUGCAGCGAGAGGAGGUCAUGGGCAGCAGGACCUGUUUCGCGUGCUGAAGGCUUAUACUCUGCAUCGACCAGAGGAGGGUUACUGUCAGGCUCAGGCUCCCAUUGCUGCUGUUCUUCUGAUGCAUAUGCCAGCCGAGGAUGCUUUCUGGGUUCUUGUCCAGAUUUGUGAAAAAUACCUGCCGGGAUACUACAGUACUGGCCUGGAGGCGAUCCAGCUGGACGGGGAGAUCCUGUACGCUCUGCUGCGACGGGUGUCUCCUGUGGCUCACCGUCAUUUAAAGAAGCACAAACUGGAACCCAUCCUGUACAUGACCGAGUGGUUCAUGUGUGCCUUCUCCCGGACUCUGCCGUGGGCCUCGGUGCUGCGUGUCUGGGACAUGUUCCUUUGUGAGGGAGUGAAGAUCCUCUUCAAAGUCGGCCUGGUGCUCCUGAAAAGCAUGCUGGGAUCCCAAGAGAAGCUGAAGGCCUGCCAAGGUCUCUAUGAGACGAUGGAGCGGCUCCGAGCAAUACAGCCACAGUACAUGCAAGAAACCUUCCUGGUGCAUGAGAUUAUAGAAUUACCGGUGUCUGAGAAAGAUAUCGAGAAGGAACACUUCGCUCAGCUGCGACGCUGGAAGGAGACUCAUGGAGAUCUGCACUGCAAGUCUCCUCCCAGGAUGCACGGUGCCAAAGCCAUCAUGGCUGCCGAGCCGCCAAGCCGCCAGGAACUGAGACAGAGACCGACCAUCAUCGUGGAGUCUCCUCUGGCACCAAAGACAGCCGGGGAGCAAGCAGAGGACACUAAAGGAAGGAGAAAGACUGUGCAGGAAAAUGGGAAGGAAACACUCCUCCAACCACAGCAGACAGAUAAUCUCAACCCUCUUUCUGACUCCUCACUUCUCCUCAAUCACACCAACAUACCAGGGUCCAAAGAGAGUCUGAGCAGUGCAGAGCACGACACUUACCUGUAGCAGGUUUACACCAAUGAACAAGCAUGGAUCAUUCCAUACAGCUCUAACUUACAGCCGUCGAUCACAGGAGAAACCUUUCUCAGACUUUGUGUCUGUAGCGGUCAGACUGAGAGUUUUCCUAUUUUUGUCGCCGUUGGACUCUAGAAAAUUCAUGGGAUUUAAAAAGUAGUUUUAAAACUUCCUAUAAUUGAACACAAUGCCAUUGUUCAGACUGCUAGGCUGUUAUACACAACACAUUUUUAUUGCCAUUACAUUUAUACAGGUUACUAUUUGCUGUACUUUUCAACUGAUGAGUACAGCUAUGAACAUUAGCAUUAAUGUGCAGGAUAUUUGUACAAUGUGAUGAAACUCAAAUGAGUAAUUUUCAGGGAACAGCGAUAGGACAUGGGAGAGUGAAGCUAAAAGCUUGAUGGGACUGAACCACAGACUCUAUGUAAAAGAUGAACAUGGCUACCGUCAUGUUAUGUGUUGGUUUUAAAGCCUCACCAUCGAUGGCUGUAGAGUAGCACCUAACCCUUAAAGCAAAUCCUGCUUUAUCAUCUGUUUUGCUCUAAAUGGGUGCAUAAUUUACUCCAUGGACACCUACCUGUAUUGAAGGAGACAUAAAACUACCAUUUGAUACCAUAAACCGGGCAGGAAAGUGUUUACUGAGGAAGCAAAUCAAGGAAGAAAUAGGGUAAUUUUCUCAUAGACUCUCAGCGGAGUCUCCCCCUGCUGGCCAUUAGACAAAACGUAGGUCGAAGUCACUUUAACCCUCCUGUUGUCUUCAUUUAUGGGGACCAGAAAAUAUUGUUUCCUUGUCUGAAAGAAAAUUCCCAAAUUCCAGAUAAUUUGCAAAACCUUCAGGAAGAAAAGUCCAAUAAUUUCUUAGAAGUUUUCCUUAAAAAUUUUAUUUAAAAAAAAUAAACGAGUAAAAAUCUUCCAAAGAAUAAUCCUAAAAAUAUCUAAUAUAUAUCAGGAAAAGUUCUAAUAUUUUCCUUCAGAACAUUCGCCAAACAAUCAACCAAAAUCCGGUGAAAUUCGCUAGAUUUUGGUUGAUUUUUUUUUUUUUUUUUUUGAUGAAUCUUCUUAAGAAACAUUUUUAACGUUUCUUUUUACCACCAAAAAAUGUUCAGAAAUUUCCCCAAAAUGUUGAAAAUGUUGACAUAAGAAGUUUCACUGUGAAAAUACUGUUUGUUUCCCCACAUUUUUAAAACUGUAAAACGGGUCAGUUUGACCUGCAGGACGACACGAGGGUUAAUUUGCUCAACUUUUCAGAUCGUCCAUCUUUUAUAUGCAGUCAGUGUAGGGAUGUAUAUGUCAGGGUAGAGACUGUGAUUUGGUAGAAUUGGAGUUUCUACCAGUAGAGAUUGCGAUUGGAGUCUCUACCAGUAGAAACUCCAAUCCUACCAGUAGAGAUUUGUCAGGGCUAAGGUUAGACUUUUAAGGUUAGGGUGAGGGGUCAGGGCAGGGGUCAGAUUUAAAGUUCCAUCUCUACUGGUAGGAUUGGAGUUUCUACUGGUAGAGAUUACAAUCGCAAACUCUACUGGUAGAAACUCCCAUUCUAUUGGUAGAGACUCCAAUUGCGAUCUCUACUGGUAGAAACUCCAACUCUACCAAAUCGCAGUCUCUUCCCUGACAUAUACACUCACUCACUGUUAGCUCCUGCUGCUAUUUACCUCUUCAAAGCAGUGCUCUAAUUAUCUCCUUUAUUUUAAAUGAAGUCUGAGUUUUGUCUUCUAGAGCACUUUGCCUUUCUAGUCUUCCUCUCUGCCUACAUUAGUCACUACGUUGCCAACGCAGAGAUUCCUACAUAUUCUGCUUUGCUAGUCUCAGUCAUGCGCACUAAUUUUCAGACUCAGUGUGUUUUUCAACUCACUCUGGUGGCUGCUGAGUUUGUGUUUGCUGCGUUCGAACACUUGAGGGCGUUCUGAGCCCACCGAACAGCAGCAGCAGCAGCAGCACAAGGAUAAACACUCAAAUGAAGGAAGAAGGUGCAGGGACAGUUUGUGCCACUAAGCCAAAGAUUUGUAAUGAAUAUUUUUAAGCUGUAUCUAAGGCGUUAAUCCAAUCGGUCUUGUCUUACAGUAUUUGAUCGUCAUCGAUUUGGGAGCGCAAAGAGUUUCUAUUUAUGUUGUGAAUCAAUUGCGAUAAAUGGUGAAGAAUCCAAGGAUGGUUUUUGUACGAUCCGGUUUAAAAGUUCGUGGAUCUGUUGAUUCAUAUAUAUUAUACUAUAAAAGAAAAAGCCGGCAUUGGGAUAUCUUUUUCUCCCUAUAAUCUGCUUUUUUUCCUCAAAUCUUUGUAAUAUAUUGUGAACCAAGAAUCAAUUCCAGCUGUGGAAAUGUCAUUUUUAUUGACAAAACUGAAUUAAAGUUAUUAAACCGGCAAAUUCAAUAUGAAGUAAAAGGAAUUAUCAGAUAUAAUACUGAACAGUUGUCAGACAAAUCUGUAUUUAAACCUCGUGCUGUCUGAGUAAAAAUUGACCCAAUUUGAAACUCCUGAUGUCCACAUUUUCAACAUUUUUGGGAAAUCUUUGAACGUUUUUUUGAUGGAAGAAAGAAAUGUUAAAAAUUUUCUUUAAGAACAUUCACCAAAAAAAUCAACCAAAAUCCAGCGAAUUUCGCUGGAUUUUGGUUGAUUUUUUUUUGGUGAAUGUUCUUAAAGAAAAUAUUAGAAGUUUUACUGAUUUAUAUGUAAUCACUUUAGAUAUUUUUAGGAUUUUUUUUUUGAAGAUUUUUACUAAUUUUUUGAAAAUAUUUACAAGAUUUUUUGCCACAUUUGGGGAAUUUUUUUAAAAUAAAACUUUUAAGGGAAAUUUUAAAGAAAUUAUUGGAAUUUUCUUCCUGAUGUUUUUGCAAAUUUUCACAAAUUUGGAGAUUUUUUGCUGAAUUUUUGGAUUUUUUUUUCAGACAAGGAAACGAUAUUUUUCUGUGCCUGUAAAUGAGGACAACAGGAGGGUUAAACAAUUAUCUGAGCAACAAAGGAUCUUAAAUGUCAAUAGAGACAUGAACCGUAGAUGAUCACCAAAUUGUUAUUUUCUGAGAUUUAUUGCAGAUGAAGAAAUAGUUUGAGAUGAAUGUAUUUGCAAUCAGCAUUAGUGGAAUGUGCUGAUUUGACACUGUGGAGAUAUUUGAAGUAUAUUACGGCUUUAUGUUUGUCCAUUAGGAAGCACUCUGAAGCCUUUUGGAGGCACGUUGAAGCUUUUAAUAUUUAGAUUUUAAACGUUUGUUGCACAUUUAACCAACAUGCAGCUCAUCAGUUGAGUUUUUCUGCUGUCAGCUGUCAUGAAUCCAGGACCCAGGGAUCUAAAUGAUGAGUCAUUCUGAAGGAUGUAGGAUUGUGCCAGAUGUGGUUCGAUAUUUACACGCUUUUUUUUAAGUUUGUGUUUCAAUAUCCAGCAGAAUCAUGUAAAAAUGUACACUCCUUCAAGUAAGAUGCUGCAUAUAGGACAUUUAUUAAGCCAGGAGCUUGUACAUUUGCAGCUUAUCAGACUGUUUAAAUCACUAUAUAAGACUUAAUUUCUCAUUUCUUUGCUCAUUUGGUUUAAUAUCUCAUAUCCAUGUUUUUUUUAAUCAAAUUCAGUUUAAAUCAAUAAAACUUGAAACUGA